GCCAAGAAUUUAGAGAUGUAUUUGUCAAGAUUCCUGUCAAUUCAUGCCCUUUGGGUUACAGUGUCCUCCGUGAUGCAGCCCUACCCUUUGGUGUGGGGACAUUAUGAUGUGUGUAAGACUCAGAUUUACACAGAAGAAGGGAAAGUUUGGGAUUAUAUGGCCUGUCAGCCGGAAUCCACAGACAUGACAAAAUAUCUGAAAGUGAAACUGGAUCCUCCGGACAUUACCUGUGGAGACCCUCCUGAGACAUUCUGCGCAAUGGGCAACCCCUACAUGUGCAAUAAUGAGUGUGAUGCAAGUACCCCGGAGCUGGCACAUCCACCUGAGCUGAUGUUUGAUUUUGAAGGAAGACAUCCCUCUACAUUUUGGCAGUCUGCUACUUGGAAAGAGUAUCCCAAGCCUCUCCAGGUUAACAUCACUCUGUCUUGGAGCAAAACUAUUGAGCUCACAGACAACAUAGUUAUUACCUUUGAAUCGGGGCGUCCAGACCAAAUGAUCCUGGAGAAAUCUCUUGAUUAUGGACGAACAUGGCAGCCCUAUCAGUAUUAUGCCACAGACUGCUUAGAUGCUUUUCACAUGGAUCCUAAAUCCGUGAAGGAUUUAUCACAGCAUACGGUCUUAGAAAUCAUUUGCACCGAAGAGUACUCCACAGGGUAUAUGACAAAUAGCAAAAUAAUCCACUUUGAAAUCAAAGAUAGGUUCGCGUUUUUUGCCGGACCUUGGCUACGCAAUAUGGCUUCCCUCUACGGACAACUGGAUACAACCAAGAAACUCAGAGAUUUCUUUACUGUCACAGACCUGAGGAUAAGGCUUUUGAGACCUGCCGUUGGGGAAAUAUUUGUAGAUGAGCUACACUUGGCACGCUACUUUUACGCCAUCUCAGACAUAAAGGUUCACGGAAGGUGCAAAUGUAAUCUCCAUGCCACUGUGUGUGUGUAUGACAACAGCAAAUUGACCUGUGAAUGUGAGCACAACACUACAGGUCCAGACUGUGGGAAAUGCAAGAAGAAUUAUCAGGGCCGACCUUGGAGCCCAGGCUCGUAUCUCCCCAUCCCCAAAGGCACUGCAAAUACCUGUAUCCCCAGUAUUUCCAGUAUUGGCAAUUGUGAAUGCUUCGGCCACUCCAAUCGAUGCAGUUAUAUCGAUCUGCUAAAUACAGUCAUUUGCGUGAGCUGUAAACACAACACUAGAGGGCAGCACUGUGAGUUAUGCAGGCUGGGCUACUUCAGAAAUGCUUCUGCACAGCUGGACGAUGAGAAUGUGUGCAUAGAGUGUUAUUGUAACCCUUUGGGCUCAGUCCAUGAUCGUUGUAAUGGCUCAGGAUUUUGUGAGUGUAAGACUGGAACAACAGGGCCUAAGUGUGAUGAGUGUCUGCCGGGAAAUUCCUGGCACUACGGCUGUCAACCGAAUGUCUGCGACAACGAGCUCCUGCACUGCCAGAACGGAGGGACGUGCCACAACAACGUGCGCUGCCUGUGCCCCGCCGCGUACACGGGCAUCCUGUGCGAGAAGCUGCGCUGUGAGGAAGCGGGCAGCUGCGGCUCCGACUCGGGCCAGGGCGCGCCCCCGCGCGGCUCCCCCGCGCUGCUGCUGCCGCUGGCCGCUCUGCUGGGGACAGCCGGCCCCCUGGGGGUCUAGGCGGCGCAUCCAGCCACCGGACGGGGUCCGGCCGUGGGGAAGCAAACACAGCCCCAGCAUUUGCUACUAACAUAGGAAACCCACCCUCAGACCACCCCCCCCCCGCCCACUC